GAUUAAUAUUGAUCAUUAUUAUCAGAAAAAAUUCUCUAUAUUAUUAGUAGAUUUCUAUUAUUAUUGAAUCUAUUUUUGUUACGACUAUUUCAACACUACCAUUAUUAUUAUUAUCGUCACAAUCACAAUCAUCAUCAUCAUGUCGACUUAUCUUCUUUCGGUAACCGUACGAAAAGCGAAACUUAUCGGAAAUGAUGCGGAAUUCACAACGUAUGUGGCCGUUAAACUUGAGAAUGUAAAAUCGACAACCGUUGCUGUCAAAGGAUGUAAUCCAUGUUGGGAACAGGAUUUUAUUUUUGAAACAAAUAGAUUGGAUACAAAUCUAAUAAUCGAACUAUGGAACAAAGGAAUAUUAUGGGAUAAAAUUAUCGGUUAUAUUUGCGUGCCUUUGAAUGAUGUUCCAUUUUUAGAACAAGCUUCCGGUGGUCAAUGGCAAUCAAUUGAUGCAGAUCUUCGUGUAUAUAAUAAUGAAGAAAUUUUUGGUACAUGUAAUUCAACUGGAAAUUUUCUUUUAAUCGAAUCACAUUUUGAGCCUGUAUAUGAAACACAAUUGGAAAAUGUGAAUGAAUUCAAUAGGAAUCUCAAUUAUGUCAAUAUUGGACAAUUGAAACAAUCACCAAUUGUUGGUGGACAAGUCGAACAAGUUUGUGCCUAUAACAUCGAUAAUGAUUCACAUUUUCAUGGCCAUCAACUUUAUUCCGGUCUUUCUGAAGACAGCGACUAUACAAGUGAUAUUAGCUAUCCAAAUCAACAGAAUCAAUACGGAUCAUAUCAUCAAGCAAAUUCGUCCUCAUCACAAUUUGAAACGAUAUCAAAAACUUUUAAUAAUAAACAAAAUAGCAGCACUAGUCAUCAAAUGAAUGAUAAUAUCACAAUGGCCAAUUCUAUUACGAAUCAUAAUAGAAUCAUAGAUGUAGAAGAUCAAUCAAAUGUCAUCGAACAACAACAGCAAUAUGGAUGUGUUUCUCAUACAACAAACGUUUUACGUGGUACUUAUCAGCAGCAGCAGCAGCAACAGCAGCAACAACAACAACAAUAUAUGGAUAGUCCAAGUACUAUACAAGAACGUACUACUAUCCUUGAAAAUGAUGAUGAUGAUGAUGACAAUGAUAAAAUUGAUGAUAAAGAAGAUGAACAUGAUCCAAAUUUUAUUUUGCCAUUGAUGAUGAUGAUGAUGAUGAUGAUCAAAUUGUUCCAGUUGUUCAUCAUCAUUCAUCGCGGCCAAAACGUGAAUUACCAUUUGGUGGUUGUACCGAUAUCGAUGCUAUACGAAGUCAAUAUCAGCAGAAAAAAAUUUGUCAAAAUAUCAAAACUAUUGUUGUGAAUAAUAAUCGUCAGC